CCCUGCUUGUUACAUGUAACUGCCCGGUUGUAUGGUUUCAUGAAGAAAUCUGUAUCUGAUAACCUUGAAACAUGUACUGAUUUAUGUAACAUAUAUCACUGUAUACGAAGUGGAAGAAUCUGUAGUUUCAUGAUCAUUCAGUUUUGCUAAUAAGAAAUAAAAGGACACUUGCAUAAUGUCUUCAGAUGAUGUAGAUGGAAAUAAAAUUUUAGCAGAAGCACUUGUUGCUCAGGGUGUUAAGUAUGUGUUUGGCAUUGUUGGUAUCCCUGUGAUUGAGCUGAGCAUGGCAAUACAGCAGGCUGGACUACACUUUGUGGGAAUGAGAAAUGAACAAGCAGCUUGCUAUGCUGCACAAGCAAUAGGUUACCUUACCAAACGUCCUGGUGUCUGUCUUGUGGUAUCAGGUCCAGGGCUUCUCCAUACACUUGGGGGCAUGGCCAAUGCUCAGAUGAACUGUUGGCCUCUUCUUGUGAUUGGUGGUUCAUGUGCACAAGAUCAUGAAGGUAUAGGUGGCUUUCAAGAAUGUCCUCAAGUGAAUCUUGCCAGACCAUAUUGUAAAUAUAGUGCCAGACCUCCUGGACUGACGCUUAUCCCGACACAUGUCGAAAAGGCUGUUCGGCUGUCACUAUAUGGAAGGCCAGGGGUGUCAUAUUUAGAUUUCCCAGGAAAUAUUUUGGCCCAACGGGUGUCUGAUAGUAAAGUAGUCCACACUGCAAUCUGCCCUGAACCACCACUGGCAUGGCCAGAUCCUGCCCUGGUCAGCCAAGCUGCCAGUCUCAUAGUGAGAUCAAUGAGACCCCUUGUGAUUGUUGGGAAAGGAGCAGCAUAUGCAGGAGCAGAAGUUAUAGUGCGUGAUUUUGUAAGGACAUUUAACCUCCCAGUCCUGCCAACACCUAUGGGGAAAGGAGUUGUGGAUGAUAAUGAUUUUCACUGUGUUUCAUCUGCACGUACCACAGCAUUGCAACAUGCAGAUACAAUUCUUUUGUUAGGUGCUCGCUUGAAUUGGAUUCUGCAUUUUGGGCGACCACCAAGAUUUGACCCAAAUGUCAGAAUUAUUCAGGUAGAUAUUUGUGCAGAGGAGCUGCACAACAGUGUUCCAGCUAAGGUGGCAAUUCAUGCUGACAUAGGCACUUUCACUCGCCAACUCAUACAGCAACUAAUUGGACAUGCAUGGGCUCUCCGUUAUAUGAGUCCAUGGUGGGGUCAGCUUAAUUCAAAGAGUGACAAAAACAAAGCAGUUAUCAUGAAAAUGACACAAGAUACAAGAAUUCCACUCAAUUAUUACACCGUAUUCCAUCACAUCCAGGAAGCUAUACCAAAAGACUGUAUUAUAGUUAGUGAAGGAGCUAAUACAAUGGAUAUUGGACGCUCAAUGUUACGCAACAGACUGCCAAAACACAGGCUGGAUGCAGGCACAUUUGGUACUAUGGGAGUUGGGCCAGGUUUUGCUGUUGCUGCUGCACUAUGGUGUCAAGAUUAUGCACCUGACAAGAGAGUAAUCUGUGUAGAGGGUGACUCAGCCUUUGGAUUUUCAGGCAUGGAGAUAGAAACUAUGUUCAGGUACAACUUGCCUAUAAUAAUCAUCAUUGUGAACAACAACGGAAUCUACAGCGGUUUUGAUGAAGAAACAUUCCAGAGCAUCCGAGAGGGAGGUGAAGUAACGAAAGUGACACCACCAACAUCAUUGUCAACAAAUGUCCACUAUGAGCGCAUGAUGGAAAUGUUCAACAUCAAGGGACACUUUUGUGUCGACAUUCCUCAACUGCAACGUGCACUUCAGCAAAGUCUGCAGGUGAAAGAUGUACCCAGUAUCAUCAAUGUGAUGAUCAACCCAUCAGCUGAUCGUAAGCCACAGAACUACGCUUGGCUCACUGAAUCCAAACUCUGAAAAUCAACCGUGUAUCAAAAAUAGGCCAGGAUACUUUCUUGUACCAAGGAAAGAGUUAUAAACUGUACAUAAGGGAUAACUAUUAUAAGAUAAAGAAAUUAUAUAUUAAAUAUACAUUUUCUCUGCUAUAAGAAAUAAUUACAAAAACUGCAAAAAUUAUAAAACUGUAAUAUGAGUUUAGUGAAGUAUGCAUUUAUGUAAUAUACAGGAAUGGCAACAGAACAUCAUCAACUUUAAAGACAUCAGAAGUGAGCAACUUUCUUAGUAUGAACUCUACAAUGAAGAAUCUGAAUGCUUGUAUGGGCUAGAAAAUUCCAUCUGAUAUCUCUUCAGAUCAGUGGGUACAUCAGAUCUGCAAAAUGUACUCCUGAAUGAAUUCCUGGCACAGAUGUAUCACCAGUCCAGAAGAACUUUAUCUUCUGGAGCAGAAUGAGGGCUGCACCAUGUCCAUACUUGAUUUUAACGUUCACAUCUUGUUUAUAUUUUUGUGUAUUUUCAGUUUCAUACCCACUUUUUUUAAUCGCCUUACAAAACAGUCAUUCACAUAAAAUAUUCUGCAUUGUUCUGUGUACUUCACCAUUGGAAAGAUCAAACACUGUCUUUCAGCACUUGGUCAACAGGCUUAUGUUGAUGUAUUUUCUAAUAAACGACAAAUGUAAUACAUAAAACAGGAGAAACAUACUGAACAAAUACCAGAGCUUGAAGACCUGAAGUUGAAAGGUUAAUAUUCCUGAAAACAAUUACCACCAGGACUAAAAAAAUAUGGUUUAAAAUAUCAGUCAUUUACAAAAAUUCCUCUUACUCACAGGCUCAGUAUGUUUGAUACAAAUAUUUUAUAGAGGAUUUUAAGAACUCCAGGCUCAAAAAAAGUUGGAACAUUUAAGUUGUAAAGAAAAUGUUAAGUUCAGAAUGUUAAAUUUUUUAAAACACCUUGUAUGUGGCAGUAAAUAAUUUAUUAAUUUCUCAGUACAUUUCUCCUGCAUUUAUAUAAAUUUCUAAACUUGUUUUCUUAAUCUUUUGGAUGUACCUCUCCUUUUUCUCCUGAAUUCUCAACCUGGAUAUUCAGAGCAGCAAAUGAUUCCUUUGC